GGAGGAGGCUGCCGUCCCGGCGCGGCGGCCGGUUGGAGACGGUCUCGAGAGCAGCGUUCAGUUGCGGCUCAGGAAACGCCAAAAGAGGUCCACGAGGCUCCGGGAGAGGUGGCCCGAUGCUGAGUACAUAACCAAGGAGCAUUAGAUGACCAUGUGAACCAAGCUUCUCAUCAUUACCUGGUUGUUGUCUGACUUACCUAGCCACAUUUGACAAUGUACAACAUCAAUCUGUCAUCAGAUGGAAAUGACAUAUGAGACAGAGCUUGGGCAGAUCUGGAAAGUACACGUAUUACCAUUUCAAGAAACCUUCUUGUCUGCAAAUCUAUGAUAAAAGAUAUAGGUAACAGAGGAAAUCAUACCUGUUAUUUGUCAGUUGACAAGUUUUAUAUGUCAGAAUGACUCACCUAAAGCGACUAGUAAAAUUACAUAUUAAAAGACAUUACCAUAAAAAGUUCUGGAAACUUGGCGGAGUGAUUUUAUUUUUUAUAGUAGUUUUGAUUUUAAUGCAAAGAGAAGUAAGUGUUCAAUAUUCCAAAGAGGAGUCAAUAAUGGAAAAAAGCAUGAAAAACAAAAACAAGGUGUUUGAUUUAAUGCUGGAAGCUGUAAACAAUAUUAAAGAUGCAAUGCCAAAAAUGCAAAUAGGAGCACCUGUCAGGCAAAACAUUGAUGUUGGUGAGAGACCCUGUUUCCAAGGAUAUUAUACAGCAGCUGAAUUGAAACCCGUCCUUGACCGCCCACCGCAGGAUUCUAAUGCACCUGGUGCUUCUGGUAAAGCAUUCAAGCCAAUCAAUUUAAGUACUGAAGAGCAAAAUGAAAAAGAACGUGGUGAAGCAAAACACUGUUUUAAUGCUUUUGCAAGUGACAGGAUUUCUUUACACCGAGAUCUUGGACCAGACACUCGACCUCCUGAAUGUAUUGAACAAAAAUUUAAGCGCUGCCCUGCUCUGCCUACGACCAGUGUCAUAAUAGUGUUUCAUAAUGAAGCAUGGUCCACACUGCUCAGAACUGUCCACAGCGUGCUCUAUUCCUCUCCUGCCAUCCUAAUCAUUUUGGUGGAUGAUGCUAGUGUAGAUGAGUACUUACAUGAUAAACUGGAACAAUAUAUAAAACAAUUUUCUAUAGUAAAAAUAGUCAGACAAAAAGAAAGGAAAGGUCUGAUCACAGCUCGGUUGCUAGGAGCCACUGUAGCAACAGCUGAAACGCUCACAUUUUUAGAUGCUCACUGUAAGUAUACAAGAGUAGACAUAGUUGUAACAUUUUCCUCCCCCUUCCUCUAGUUUAAAGGUAAGGAACCC